AUGACGGCAAUGCAGCCAAACCCUACACAUCUCUCUGUUUCCACGCAGUUGCCUCCACCGGCUCACAAGCGCAACUUCUCUACGUCGAGAUCUCCCUCGCGCUCCCCCACUCGGAAAGCACAAUUCGCCGCAAGAGAACUUGACCCUCUGCUCAAGAAUCUGUCUCCUGAUUCCACUCUCGAAGCACUGCAGCAAGCAGAUGCUAUAGGCAGAAACCAAGCUGAACAGAACGCAAUCGCCAGGAGCAUUUUGGAUGCCUCCGAAUCGGAACGAAAGCUGGGCAUACGCGCUGCCAUAGCUGCGAAGAAAUUGAAAGAGUGGACCAACGAAGUAGCAGCUUGGUCAUGGCCUUCCAGUACAGACCGGGCGUGGGGUGCUGGUUUUAUAGCCCCAGAAUCGAAAGAGGCUGUAUACUAUGGCUCUCUGCCUGAGCAUGUGGUCCAGCAAUAUGAGGAUCGUCUUGAUGAAAUCUGGGAUGCUAUAGAUACUUUAGGCAUGGAUGAGAUCAAGGAAUAUGUCUUCAGCUCACACCAUCCUACCUCACAGUCAUCAGCUUCGUUGGGCUACGGUCGAAUGAGGGAUUUCACUGCUCUGGUUACUGCGACUGUCAUCCAAUCAUUCCCAGUACUGGCCAAUUUGCAGAUACUUCUAGAGACGUGGUCUAUCCGACUCACCGUCUUGCGCCAGAUUCCUGAUCUUAUAACAACGAUCGACCAAGUCAAGCUCGGAUUGGUGACAAUCAACAAGAUUGUACAAGACGAGGUGCAAAGUCGUAAACUCAACAAAAGAGAAUUGGAAACUGGCAAAGCACUUUUUGGAACUAGAGUAUCGAAUCUUGGCAAACGAGUCGAUGAUCUUUUGGACAUGCUCGAAGGCCAAGAGGACUCUUUGCCACAAGCAUGGAUCAAUGAUCUCGAGAACAUUGAAAACAAAUAUGCAGAAUGGGUUGCACAAGCUGAACGAGUCGUUCUUCGCAACCAGAUGGCCCAAGAUACACCUCAUAGAGAAAGCCAGAAAUCUGGCACGCCUACCACAUCCCCAGCCAAGGUUCCUCUGCCAGCAUCGCCUGAUCCCAUUUUCCCAACUCUACAACACAGUACCUCGUUGGACUCCACCACCUCUUCGAUGGUUCCAUCACGAAGUACAAGCAGCGUCAAAAGAAAACCACUUCGCGAAGUCAAUCCAAAACCGGACCAAGGUCAUAGAAGAGGUGUCUCGGAAAUUUCCAUGGCAGAAUCAACCUUCUCGAACUACUCCAUUGAGAAUGCCGAGAUCAUGGACGCGCGAGCGACUCCUGUACUUCCGAGUCCACGGAUUAGCAUAAUUGGUAGCUCAACAUCUACCAACAAGAACGGAUUUCCAUGGAUGACCGGCAGAUCUGAUAGCGUGGAGCCUCAAUCCUCCACCAGACCACCCAUCAUGCACCGAGCCUCUGUCGCGUCCGUCGAAUUUGUUCCGAAAGAGCAGAUUCGCAAGGUCGUUCUACAGAAAAGUGCUAGUUACGACAUGCUCGCAAAUUUAAAUCGUCCUCGGAGCACUUUCUACGACGAUGUCACAAAAGCACAGAUGACUUCCCCUGUCAAAGAAGCCGGAAACCCACUGGCAGAUCAUGACAAUACUUUCGGAGCUCUGACCCCCUUACCAGCUUCUCCAUCUCCAAGCCUCCGAGUUGAUCCUUUGAGCCUUAGGGGUGCCUAUUUGGCAGCAAACCAAACUUUAGCUCCGCCUUUGGUGCCUAGACGAUCCAGUAAGAGGCUGAGUCUGCCGGUACCAAGUCAGACCAGAAUGCCAUCACCUCCUCCGGAGACUGUUCCUCUUGAGAACGACGAAGCGGCUGUAGUCGGGACUACUAACCCUGUGCCAGAAACACCUCGUAGCAACUUGACCAGGGCAGAGACAUUCGACGAUAAGUUGAAAAGUAUACUGGCUUCAAUGCCGGCUAAGAUUCGGCUUGCCAACGGCUCUGAUUCUGGUUCGUCCGAUGCAAGUUCAGAGACAUCCUCUCGUGCUUCGUCACCAAGUCGAGUACUCAAACUAUCACCUGCGAAGGGCCGUGAUUCUGCUGGUAACAAUCCUAAUCUGGUACGAAUCUAUCAUUUGAGAAAUCCUCGUCUGAAGGAUGCUCCUCCGGUAAAAUUGUUCGUACGUGCUGUUGGAGAAAACGGUGAUCGAAUCAUGGUGCGAGUUGGAGGAGGUUGGGCUGAUCUUGCAGAAUAUCUGCGAGAAUAUAGUCUACAUCACGGUGGUCGUGGCCUGACGGAUGACAAGCUCGAAGUCUCGGGCUAUCCUGGAGUACAAGGACCAGAAAGUUUGAGAAAGACUGCUGGACCUGGUCAGUCACACCCACAGGCCACAGUUCCCGACCAGAAUUUCGAUUUUGGCUUAGCAGAUAACGAUCGGCCAAAAUCUGCGGAAGAGAAGAAGGCAGAAAUGGCUCCCUGGCGACCGCCUCCGGUUCCUGUGGUACCACCUAAUUACGACCUACCCAUCGCCAGGAGCACUAGUCCAGCUCGGUUUGAUCGUCCAGUCCGGAUCUCAGGUCCCAUGCCGUCAUACAGACCAGCAAGUCGGGUGUCGACUACUACGACGACUUCGCCAGCUGUAACGACGACUGUUACUAUGACGAAUAGAUAUACACCGUUAGGAGGUGCAGGUCCAGUUCCAGCGAAUCGCAGAACACCAGCAACAAAUCCUCCACGUACUCCUACGAACGAUGCAUGGGUAGAAACAAUGAUGUCGAAAGCCCGAGCUGCUAGUGGCAGUCAAGUAUCUCACAAUCAUUCUCACUCUACACGCAGCCCAACACUUACGUCGACCUCGAUCAAUAACUCGACGACCGUAACUGCGCCGACAACAACAACGACUACCACAAUCAUAUCACCAAAGACUCGAGUCUCGGCGCUGAAUAACAACCCUCGCCGCGUUUCAAGCUGGAGUACUACAUCUACACCACUAGCAACCAAUAACAAUAGCGGUCGACCAUCUGCCAUCAGCACACCUCAGGGUUCGCACCUCGACCGCACCUCGAGUGUUUCCGCCGAAUCGUCCACAUCCGCGAACCACUUAACACAGCAAAGAAGCAAGUCUCCCCGACGUAGAUCGAUAAUGGGCCUCGGCGAUGUUGGCGGUAUCAGACGUGUAUUUUUACGGAAGAGAAGCGACCAAUGA